AUGGCAACAACCAAGUCUACAAAGGCUAAGCUAAGAGGGAAAGUCUCCCCAUGGUUUGGAUUGGAGGAAGCUGAGAAGAAUGUUAUAACCAGGCGGCAUUCCUUACCUUCUUCCAUCAAGGGCAAGUUGAGUUCAUCGCCACGAGCGCAGAAGCUGGUUCAAGCAAGUGACAAGGAUGCAAAAAAAAAGGUUGCUGAUAUGGAUGCUGACAUGGCUAGCAAAGGUGGCUGCACAUGUAAAACUGAGGCUGCAAGCUUAGGUUUGAAUGCCAGGUUGUGUCUUUCAAUUUCAGAGGUGGUGAUCCAAGCAGAGUGGAGGAGGUGA